AUGUUGAAUAGACUUGCUACAAAAAAAUCAUCAAAGAUUAUCUGUAACAACGCCACCACCAGAUCAUACGCUGUUGUUGCUCAAACUCCAAAGGCCUAUGAUACCAGCAAGGAAGUUUUCAAGGCUGCCUCUCCACUUCAAUCUCUCUGGAGUAUUGGUUCUUAUGAGGACAGAUUGAUUUCUCUCUUGAGCGCUAUUCGUCCAUAUAAAAUCACCCCAGAAUUUGUUAACGCUGCCAACGAAGUUCUCAACAAACAAUAUAAAACUGCAGACAUCAUUCCAAAGGAAAAGACACUCGAUUUUGCAAAGUGUAUCCAAGGAGUUGAUACCAUCGAAUUGGACGAACACACUUUAACUGCUUACUAUGGCGAGGACUACAAGGACAUUUUACAAGAAUUCUUUGAAUUGAAGCCAUCUCUUUCGCAAAGAGCAAUGGACAGAUAUCUCCAAUUGAAUGCUGCCAAAUACGAACAAAUCAAGAAGGAACGAGCUGAGAGAAUUUUGGCUUGGUGCAGAGAAACUGCCAAGAAGUUGUAA